ACAUUCUCCUUCACUUCUAACUUUCCACCCACCAUUUCUUUCUUUCCCAAGGAAAACAUGAAGUUCUUCAACUGGGUUCAUAAGAGGUUUCAUCAUCCCCUCCCAAAGGAUGAUUUUGCUCAAAAAGUGGAAAAGAGUACAACUGAAGAAGUACUCCACCACACCAAUGACAAGGACACACAAGCAUUACUCAAAAAGGUCGUCCUCAUCGACGCGCUUGAUGGAUGGAAAUACGGCAUUCUUGCAAUUGGCACGUUUGGUUUUGAUCCUCUAAAACCAUUCAACCAACAAAAGGAAUAUCUGGUUCUGGAGAGCAAGGAAGACGAUGAAGAGAGCCCCGAGUACUCGCUCGAAGGCAGUGACAGCGACGAAAACGACGAGUACAGCGAUGACACCACCUUUGAGGAUGAAGAAGUGAACCCUUUGAUGCUUUCAACUCUCGGACACAGUUUCAAGGAUGUUGAGAAAAAGGACGUUCUACUUUCCUUUGAUGGUGUUUUUCUGGCUUCAAGUGAAGUGGCUGCUGAAGAGAAGACUAAUAUUUCCCUGCAGAGUGAUCAUGAGAAGAAGAAAGUUGGAAGGACAACACUGGCUGACUUGUUCCUGGCUGAUGCUGAUGUUAAAAUGAAGAUAGAUUCUGGCAAAGUUCUUCAUGAUGAUUCUGCUAAAAAAAUGAAUGCUAAAACCAAGAAGAGCCUCUCAUUUGCGAAGAAGUUCAUUCCUAAAGUCAAAGAGGAAACAAGCCCAAUUAAGAAUAUACAACGACUGAUGAAGAGGAUGUUGAAGAGGAAGAUCCAUCCAGAGCUGCUUGAUGUGAAGACUCAGAAAUCAGACGGUCAGAAGGCAGCAGGGGCAAUAGAACUUAUUGCCAAUGGCCCAAAGAAUGCUACAUCCGAAUCAGUUUCUUUGCUUGCAAUGCAAGGUGCAACUUCUGAGAUUUGAGCGAUGGCCUGGCUCCAUAGCCAGAAUUGAAGAACUAUGAGCUUAUUGUUGUUGCUAUAUGUAACUCUUCAAGAGCAAUUCUCACUAGCCUUUCGUGUAUAUGAACUCGUUUGUUAGCAGUGUGAUCUUGAUAUUCUGUUUAAUUUGUAAUUUUUCUGAAUUGUU